CACAUGAGUCGAGUCGGAUGAGUAGUGAAAAACAAAUUGGAAGAAGUUGACUCGAUUGAGAACUGUGACCCACCCUCUCGUUAAACGAUUGAAAUUUAAGUUUAGUUCAUUUAAAGAUUGGUUACUUAUUACCAUAGACUAUACACAUACUAUAGAUAUCACGUAGACAAUAAAUAUCAGUAAAUAUACUAUAAUACGGUGUAAGUGUUUGAUGAAUAUUGAAAUUUUCAAACGAAGUGUGUUUAACUUAAAUUUAACUGUGCUAUCAAAAAGGCAGCCUGCCAUCAAUUUUAUCGCGGUAAAGUGGUCUGAAGAUAACGCGUUACUUAAAAAAAAGGUAACUUGAAGAAAACCCGCAAAGAAACAACGCCUGUAAUUAUACUUGCGUGUGGAAUACCACGAAUAAGAAUUAUUUAAUCGUACUGAAACUGUGUUCUACCGGACUAAGUUAAAAUGCCAACCACACCAAACAAAUUGAAUUUGGGCUUUGCUCGAAAUGCUUAUAGCGUUUUUGGAAACCGCAACGCCAACCCAUCCACCGAACACCAGCAUGAACAGAAAACAGAACUGUUAGAGGGUACUCGAGGUAAUGGCCUUCUUCAUCUUAAAAAUGGUGUUGAUUAUAUCAACGCGGGCGAAGAGGACCAGAUGGAAAUUUAUGGAUACAAGAAGAAUCACUUACGGACAUCGAUCACGUGGAUAUUUAUCAUCUGCACAGCGGGUCUGCUUCGCUUGUUCUUCCAUUGGGUGCCGCAUUUGAUGUUACUUGCCACACAUUCGAGAUGCUCAUUGGAAGAAGCAGAGGCGGUGCUUCUGGUAGAAAAGUUCCAAGGAAAACAUACCAGUCGUUACGUAAAGAAAUUGAGUACCAUCAGCGCAGAGGAAGUCUCAAGACUGCCCAAAGAUGGAGAAUCAUUAAUUGGCAAGGACACAUUUCCGGAGGAUGAUUUUUUCACUGAAGUCGAAGAAGAUCAAGGUCCGCUGACUUUAUCAGUUCAUUUAAGCGGUGGUCAGUUUAAAGAUGCCAAAUCCAUCCUAACAUUUUCCUGCAAGAAACUCACUUACGUUUGGGACACGGACAGGUGUGAAUUUAUAAAAUUGAAAAGUUUGGACGAAGGAGUUCUGACCUCAACGCUUCAUCAAAUGCGAGGGUUGACAGCACAGGAUCAAUUUAUGCGGCGUUUCGUUUAUGGAAGCAAUGAAAUUGUCAUCCCGAUUAAAAGCAUCCUGACACUUCUCGGCUUGGAAGUUUUGAAUCCUUUCUAUAUAUUCCAAUUGUUCAGCUUCUGCCUUUGGGCUUCCGAAGAUUAUCUGUACUACGCUAUGGCUAUUCUAACUAUGUCUAGUUUCGGUAUUAUGAUGGCUGUGAUUCAAACAAGGAGGAACCAGCACAACUUAAGGUCUACGGUUCACGCAUCUGAUGUGGCAACGGUUAUUCGCGACCCAUCAAAUGGGAAAACUGCGACCGUACAAACGGAACAUUUGGUACCUGGUGAUUUGCUCGUAAUUCCAUCUCACGGAUGCAUUAUGCCUUGCGACGCUGUCCUGUUGACAGGGAAUUGUAUCCUAAACGAAUCGAUGUUGACCGGGGAAUCUGUACCGGUAACUAAAACGCCUAUUCCCGUUUCAAGUGAGAUUUUGUACGACACAAAAGAGCACGCAAGGCACACGUUGUACUGUGGAACGCAGGUAAUUCAAACAAGGUACUUCGGUACGGAAAAAGUAAUCGCUGUCGUCAUCAGGACCGGAUUUAAUACUAGCAAGGGUGGGCUAGUACGAUCUAUAAUGUAUCCACCACCGGUUGACUUCAAAUUUGAGCAGGACUCCUACAAGUUUGUAAUACUCUUAGCUUGCAUUGCUAGCAUUGGUUUCGUUUACACAAUUACCACUAAACUGCUCCAAGGUAUUUCCGGAGGCCGAAUAGCAUUGGAAGCACUUGACUUGAUCACUAUCGUGGUACCACCAGCUCUUCCAGCUGCUAUGACGGUUGGACGACUCAUCGCUCAGAACAGGCUGCAAAAUAAGAAAAUUUAUUGCACCAGUCCAAGAGCUAUCAAUGUCUCGGGUUCAAUCGACUGCGUAUGCUUUGACAAAACCGGAACGUUAACCGAAGACGGGUUGGACAUGUGGGGGGUCGUUCCCAUAUCAAACAAAAUGUUUCAAAGUCCAGUCAAAGACAUAUCUACUCUUGAAUUAGACGGAGUACUCGUUGGUAUGGUCACCUGUCACAGUAUUACAAUAAUCGACCGUCAGUUGUCCGGAGAUCCCUUGGACCUCAAGAUGUUUGAAUCAACGGGUUGGACAUUGGAAGAGCCAGAUGUUUCCGAUACUUCCAAGUUCUCUAUGCUCUUCCCAACUGUCGUCAGGCCACCAAAAGGGUCAAAGUUCGCCGGAGUUAAUUGUAAAGAUCUCACGAUAUCACCGGAACGUCAGAAUUCCACAAGAUCAGCCAUGAACGACCAGGUGAAAGAGACAAGUAGCAAUCUUGAGGACACCCUUAGUGAGUCAACGAUGCAGCUGAGCGAACAAUCACUUGAAAUCGGUAUAGUCAGGCAGUUUCCAUUUACAUCGAGCUUGCAGCGAAUGAGCGUCAUCACGAGAACGUUGGGAGCCAAUCACUUUGACCUCUACUGCAAAGGAAGCCCUGAGAUGAUUCUUAGCUUGUCCAAACCCGAAUCAAUUCCAUCAAAUUUUGCGGUCGUUCUGCAAGAAUACACUUCCGAAGGGUACAGAGUAAUUGCCCUGGCUCAUAAAUCGUUGAAUAGAUUGUCUUACGCUAAAGUACAGCGGAUAAGUAGAGAGUCAGCAGAAACGGAUUUAAACUUCUUGGCUUUCGUGAUAUUGGAGAACCGACUGAAGCCUGGUACUUCGCCAGUUAUCAAAUUGUUGAACGUAGCUUGCAUAAAAACAGUGAUGGUGACGGGAGACAACAUGCUAACUGCCUUAUCGGUAGCCAGGGAUUGUGGAAUUGUGAAACAUGACGUCUCCGUAAUUGCCGUGGCUGCAAUUACGCAGCAAAACCUUACGAAGCCGCAGAUUUAUUUUACUCAAAGUAAUAGUCAGUAUAGUCCAACAUCGCCUGUGGGAAAUGACAUAAGUGAAAUGACCGAUUUAAACAGCGUAGCCAGUUUGGAGACCGUGGAAAAUGGAUCCACACAAGGCAAUCACGCCGGCAAUCAAAUCAACUAUUUGUCUGACGAUUUGCACAUUUCUACAAACAAAUACGUAUUUUCAUUGACGGGAAAGACUUGGUCAAUGGUUAAGCAGCAUUAUCCGGAAUUGAUACCAAAGCUAGCCACACGAGGAGCCAUUUUUGCGAGGAUGUCACCUGACCAGAAACAACAGCUCGUGCAAGAGCUUCAAGCAUUGGGAUAUUAUGUCGCAAUGGUCGGAGAUGGUGCCAACGACUGUGGUGCUUUGAAGGCAGCGCACACCGGAAUCUCAUUGUCCGACACAGAAUCAUCGGUGGCUUCGCCGUUCACGAGUCGUGACACGGACAUAUCAUGUCUACUCUCCGUGAUCAGAGAAGGACGAGCAGCGCUAUCUACUUCCUUUGGAAUCUUCAAGUACAUGGCGGCUUAUUCCCUCACACAAUUCGUUUCAGUUAUGCUGCUCUACAAUAUCAGGUCGAACCUCACAGACAUUGAGUAUCUCUACAUCGAUCUCUUUGUUAUAUCAAUAUUUGCCUUCUUCUUUGGCCGGACCGAAGCCUACGAUGGUCCCCUGGCUAAAACAGCACCUCUAACAAGUCUCAUCAGCACAUCCCCGAUCCUCAGCUUGAUAUUUCAGAUCUUAAUCGUCAUAAUAUUCCAAUACAUGAGCCUCUUCCACCUGGCCCAACAGGAUUGCUACAAGACUUGUAUCAACAGUCCCAAAACAAAUGCAACAACAGAAGAAGAGUAUGUUGGAUGCUUUGAAAAUUAUACCAUAUUCAUUAUCAGUUCCAUGCAGUACAUCAUCUUAGCAGUUGCAUUUUCGAAGGGGCGACCUUACAGAAAGCCGAUAUGGACGAACUGGGGUCUCCUUUCAUCUUUUAUACUUAUGUCACUUUUCUCAAUCUACAUGGCACUGAAUCCCUUUGAUUGGCUCGCGGACCAGUUUGAAUUAGUGUUGCCACCGGAUGUGGGAUUUAGAUACGUCGUGCUCUGUUACGGGCUGGCUAAUUUCGUUUUGUCAAUGGUCGUCGAGUACUUCGUAGUGGAUUACAUAAUAUUUGGAAAACUGAGAUACCGCUGGCACAAUGUCCACAAGUCGAAGAAACGGUAUCUUGCAAUAGAAUGGGACCUGGCCUCAAAUCACAAGUGGCCGCCGAUAUCGCAAGAGCCUUUGCCAGAAGCAGCACCGGACAUAUUGAUUCGUCAGAAUUUAACGGAAAUCAAAAUCGAGAACAUCACAGAGACUAAUCCGACCAGUGAUUUCAUCAACUCGAACGUCAUUCAAGAAACUAAUUCUGAUUUCAAGCGAUCUGGUUCUGCUAGAGAAGUCACAUUGAACCCAAGGUCGCUGUUUAGCAACCAGCGAACGGCGGUUUCCAUGCAAACUGUUCCCAACUUUGAAGAUGGCAGAGAGAUCGACAGGGAAGUCCGCUACACGCCAAGUUCCUGUAAGCUGGAACUUUCUUCAAAAAGGAGGCACAAUUCCGAAUCAGAGAACGGCAUUUAUCCAUACGAAAAAUCGUACCGAAAUUAUAACACAAACCCAAUAGCAACAUUGCCAAGACAUCCACCUAGCCAGCAAGUCGCGCCAUCGGAUGAGUUUAAAAGCAUAAUGGUGCAUAAAAGCGAGGAAAGCAACUACCGAAGUGCCACUCAAAGUGUUCUGGAGCUGGACAUUUUACCGUCCUGAGGUCGAGUGUUGAUAGGAUUAAUUUUCAAAAUCAGCUGACAAGAAUUUCUCACUUUUCGACCACGUCACGCCCAAGAAUCGUAUAUUAUGCUAUUUACAUUUACACGUUAUACAAUUUGUUAAGUUUCUAUGAAAGCGUUAUGAUAUUGUAUUAAAGUGGAAAUUCUGUGCAGGACUAGGAUUUCCGAACGAUUGUGAAAAAUGAAAUAUGUGGAAAACAUUGGCACUGCUAUCAUUGCUAGAAAUAAUUUUAGAUAGACUCAUGUGUCUCUCUUAUGGUUAGGGCAACAUUUAUUGCAUAUUGUUACUCAAUUGUUUCUUUUCUUUGUUUUGAUUGUUACUUAUUAGUAUUUAAUAUUAUAAACUACGAAGCUGUUCUUCAAAGUAUUAUUAUUAUUUCUCUUUCUGUUUCUUAUACUCUACAUCAUUCUUAUGGUGAGUUUUGGUUCACUCUCCAAUUCAGUAUAACUUAAUUAAUUAUAUUUCGAUUUAUUUACAACGAUCUGUGUAACGAUGCACGAAUUGAAUUGACCGUGACAAACAACAAUGGAUAAGAAAAUUUUAUAAAUAUUUAAAGUAACGUGUCUAAAAUCAGGAGUCAAGUAACUCUCUACCAUGUAGAAGACAUCGUAUGUGUAGUUAAUUUUUUAUAAGCCAUGUGUCAACUUAACAUAACUGAAAUAGAUACUUCAAUUUUAUGGUAAACAAUUAUAUAAUGUGAGUAAAAAUGAAAAAUAUCAAUCAUUGAAAAAAAAAAGAAAAAAGUUUGAAACAAAUAGAAAAAUAUUAAGAAAAAUAAAUUGUACGUGUAACAGAUAAUUAAUA